GUCACCAGGCAUCAGGUCAUUUGGCUCGCCAGCGGGCAUCCCGUCAUCUGGCAAGGCAGUGGGCACAGAGUCACCAGGCACGACAGUGGGCUCCGAGUCAACUGGCAUUGGAUCGUCUGGCUCGACAGCGGGCAUCGGGUCACCAGGUAUGACAGCGGGCACUGGGUCAUCAGGCGUGAUAGGAUCAUCAGGCUGGAUCAGUUCAUCAGGCUGGGUACAGACAUCAGGCUGGGUACAGACAUCAGGCUGAAGUGCGGGUGCCGAGGCACCAGGCUGAACCAUGGAAGGCAGGUUCUCAGACGGCAGGCUCACCGGUUUGGAUACUGGCAGGAUGGUACUGGUUGGAAAGAAUUUUCGCUUUUUUCUGGUUUUAACUACUGGAGCACUGCAAGUAAACGCAGGUCUGCAAACGAAUGGAGCAGCUGAAGACAGAAAAGAGCUGGAAGAUGGAACAGAGGAGGGAGCAGCCGCCACAGAGGACCUCUCCACAGGGCCAAAGAAAGGAUAGGUGCAGCGAGUGGGAGCAGG